UAACAUUUGACUGUUCUACUUUAAGAUCAAUCAUAUAUUCAUUCCUUGCCGAGGAUUCACGACCAGUGGAAUGUAACUGUGACAUAACACAUAAGUUCCACGGUUUGAAGACCGUUUUUCUGCUAUGUCGGAUGAAAUACCUGCCAAACGGCGAAAACUACAAGGAGAGCCUUGCCCUGUCGAUGGUUCUAUCGAAACGCAAUACUUCUCAAAUUAUCCUGAAAACGAGAAAUGGAUGGACGAUCCAUCUUGUUCAGGACAAAAUACAACACAAUAUUCAAAGAAAAGAAUUGUUAAGGCAUGUGAACUAAAACACAAACAUAUCGAUGUCCAUCUUGCUGAGAAUCAGGAGAACCUUGAAAACAAAACCGAAACGCUUUUACAGUCUCUCGGGUCGGAAGGCGAUCGCCUGGAAGGAACUAUAAGCGAUGUUGCUGAUGAAGAAAAACUAUCAAUAGAAGAAAAAGCCAGCAUUCUUCUUGCUGAGAAUAAGGAGAGCCUUGAAAACAAAUCCAAAACACUUUCAGAGUAUUUCGAGUCAGAGGGCGAACGACUGACAGGAGAUUUACGCGACGUUGCUGAUGAAGAAAAAAUAUCAAUUCAAGAAAAAGCCAACAUUCAUCUUGUUGAGAAUCAGGAGAGACUUGAAAACAAAUCCAAAACGCUUUCAGAGUAUUUCGAGUCAGAGGGCGAAAGACUGACAGGAGAUUUACGCGACGUUGCUGAUGAAGAAAAAAUAUCAAUUCAAGAAAAAGCCAACAUUCAUCUUAUUGAGAAUCAAAUGAGCCUUAAAAACCAAUUCCAAACGCUUUCAGAAAAUCUCGAGUCAGAAGGAAAUCGAUGGACAAAAAAUAUACGCGACGUUGUUGAUGAAGAAAAAAUAUCAAAUAAAGAAAUUCAUCAAAGAGCGUUAGAAGGCCUUCAAGAGACCCUUGUUGAGUAUAACCUGUCUAAAAAUUCAGAAUUAACUUUGGGACCUUUCUUUCAAAAGGAAAAUCCAGAGCUUGUAAAUUUUUACGUUCCACCAACACUUUCUAAAGUUUUGCCAAUGAGGUUUGCUACUAGAUAUUCGAGUUACAAAAAAGAACCAAUAACUAGUCUAAAGCAGCUACUUGACAGACGCAAAAUAUUUACCUGCAUCACAUCAAAUGCUGGAUUGGGCAAGACCUCGUUCUGCAAAUUUUUAGCUCGUUUAUGGUGUGCGGUAAAGAAAAACGACAAUCACCUCUUGGGGGAAAUCCAAGGGAAGGCGGAUUACUUGCAAGACGUAGAAUUCUUACGAGAGUUCCACUACCUCUUCUCUGUCAGUCUUAAAGAUGUCGAAAGUCACAAUGUAAAUAUUGAAAACAUUAUAUUCAGCCAUCUUCGAAACAAAAUCGAUGAUACAUGGGAUGAUGAUGAAAACUACAAACGAACUUUACAAAACGACUUGAAAGAAAAGCAUAGUUUGAUCAUAUUAGACGGAUUAGACGAGAUAAACAUGUCUAAGAUCACGGCUCCGCUUCAAUCUAAAAAAUACACAAUCAUUUGCACGUGUCGUCCAUGGAAACUUGGCGCAAUGGGCAUGUCUACAUCGACGUACACGGAAAUACAGCUUGAAAAAAUGGACUUGAAAAGUACGCGCAAUCUUUUAAAACAUGCCAAUGUUUGCCUGAAUAGUCAGUCUGCCAUCAAGCGUGAUAUUGAUGCGUUUUAUACUGUUCUUAAAGAACAGAACUUGGAAAGUCUUUUGCCAAAUCCACUCAUAGCCUUGCAAUUACUAUGCAUUUAUCAUGAUCGGUAUGACACGAAUACUACGGAAACGAACAAAUUCUUGUUAGGAAAGACACGAACGCACGUGUAUGCCAACGUAGUCGAUAUGAUGUUGAAACUCGCAAGCGAUAAAGAGCCAGAUUGCUUCAAAGAGUUGUGCGACAGACACCAGGAUAUUAAAAUACUACCAAGGGGGUUUGAUGAAGCUGCAACAUGUAACAGCAUACCAUCAUUCGUCGACAGUCUUGGAGAGUUAGCGUUUCAGGACAUUAUGCGAGAAUCUGAAACUGAAAUGCCGGAGCAUUUUGUCUGCCAGUAUCUACACGACUAUCUUAAACAAACCGAAAUAAGGUUUCUUUUAGCAUCCGGUCUCAUAUCAGGAUCUGCCUCCAACCGAUUCAGUGACAGAUCAAUGGUUUACUCAUUUUUGCACAAAACAUAUCAAGAAAUGCUCGCAUGUGUAUACAUUUCCACAAAGCCCUUUAACAGCGAUGAUUGGAGUCGCUUUGAAUUAAACUUUAAAGCAAACUUAUCCCCCGACAUGAUGUCAUUUUUGUGUGUUAUGAACUAUGAGCAAGGAAUAAAGUGUUCAGAGAUUUUCAGUUCAAGUGAAAGAGUUUUCUACAGAGAGGGAAAAUAUCACGAGAAUGAAUUGAUCAGUUACCAGAAUGCUGUGCUUAUGGCUCACGAGGAGUGCAUCAGCAGUGGAACACCAAAACCAGAUAUUGUUUUGAAACACAUGCUUAUAGACAGAAAAAACAACAAGGGACCGCCUUGUUCAUUGGUGUCACAAAAUAUGCAGAAUAUAAAUACAUUGCAUUUGAAAUCUUCUGAACGUGGAAAAGACUUAGAUGUGGAAUUUAGAGAGAACAAGUUGACAUCAUUACGUACUCUUAUCAUCACUGGUAAUAAUGAUACAGUGAUGCUUCAAACACUAACAGAGCCGUCAAGUGGACAUUUACGAUUUCUUAUCAUCAAUGAUGUGGAGUUGAAGGAAAAGCAUGUAGACCUAACAGGAUGCACACAUUUAUCUAAUAUUGAUUUAGAAAAUGUUUGUUUUUCCUCCUUGCAAAUAAAUGCAGAACACAUAGAACAAUUCUGGAUGUUCUUUGAAGACCAAUUCCUACAAAAGGGUCCCCCUAUAGACCUAGAGCUACAACUGAAAGGAAAGUUUUCUGAAAAAUUGAAAGAAUUGAGUGUCAUGCACGUGAAGCUAAACAUUGCUACCGACUUGUCUGAGUGUGUGAACUUACAUAAAUUAGUAUUAGAACAUAUUUCUUCUAGUCCGGAAUACAAUGCAAAAUGUUUUCAAAACUUUGAGCAUUUAACUCAUUUGAAGGAGUUACGAUUAGAUUCAUUACAAUAUCCAAACAAUGCCACACUAGACUUCUCUGGACUCAUAUACCUCGAAGGACUUAGGAUUGUUAACGUUAAAGUGGACAAAGCUGUCAUUGCAGCUGAAAAACUAAGUGAACUAUGGGUAUAUUAUAGUACACCGAUUGCAAAUACCAGUAAACCACUUAUUUUAACCGUUACCUCGUCAUCGAAAUUUACAAACAACCUGGAAAAGCUGAGUCUUGUUCAUGUUGAACUGAAUGGACAACUUGAUUUGUCGCAGUCAAUCAAGCUAAAAGUAUUUAUAGUGCGCAAUGUGUCUUCAGAACAAGGAAUGUCCGUUUUAGAGUUUUUAGCAAACUGCAAUGAAUUAGAAGAACUUCACAUUGAAGCAUUGAAUUCGCACGAAGAUAAGGUGCUGGACAUGUCACAUAUGACGAAUCUCAAGAGGGUGUGGAUCGAUGUGCAGACCUUAAAUGUUAAAAUUGUAAAUAUCCCAAUUGAACAUUUAGAAAUAUUUUGGGCUUUUACCUCUAAACCGAAACUACAAAUACGACCGCCAAAAGAGCUUCAACUUCCAGAAAACGCACAUUUCACCGGAAGCAUUCGUGAAUUAAGUCUCGAGAAUGUUCAAGUAAACGAGGCUGAUUUAUCCAUGUGUGAAAACCUGUCGGAACUGCGAGUUGAUAAAUUGUCACAAUCAGUUGUAGAAAAGGUUUGCUCAGAUGCAGUAAAAAUACUGUAUCUUGUUAACGUUACCGAGGAUCGAAUUGGAACGUUUUUCAAGGCUAAAAACUGGAGCAGGCUUUCAAAACUAUCGUUUGAGCGCUGUGAAGAGCAAGCCAUUUUGCCCAUUCUAAAUAAUGCGAGUACUUUGCAGACAUUGCAAUCGGUGCGAUUCAAGAACACUCGAGUAGAAAACAUUGUUCACCAAAUCUCAGAAAUGUGUAUUCAUGAGAUGGAAUUUGAAAAUAUGUCUCUACCUGAAGCAUCGCUGAUUGAUAUUGCAAACCAAUUUUCAAAGCACUCCAAAGCUUUGAAAUGCAACGUUAGGAAUAGCAUCAUUUUGAGCACAAACAUUGAAGACGUUUUCGUCAAAUUGAAGAACGUUUGUCGAAAUUUCAAAAGUCAAAUUAUCAAGGACAGUCUUGAUGAAUCAUACAGCCAUCAAAUAGAUUAUCUUCACUUUGAGACAAACCAAUGAAAGCAUCGAAUGUAUACCUCACAUAUCAGAUCAUCCGUUUUCAUCUUUGAGCCUAAUGUUAAAUACAUGCUUUGAAAACCAAAACUCUUAGAUAAGGUGCUACAUGUAGACGUCCCAUAUUUCCAGAUUGGGAUGUUCCCGGAACAGCAUAGUGAUUGAUAAAUGAACAAUGAUACAUUGUUUAUGAAUAAUAGGCACAAUACUAAAAAAUAACUCGUAGCCUUAGUAAAUCAUAUUCAUGUGCAUGAAGUUUGAUUUCGUAUUAGGUGUUAUUUUAGCCAUUGUGUUUUAUUGUGAAUGUGAACCAUACUUGGAUAUAUCCUUUAGUAGUACAAUUUGUAAUGAUUGUGAUUGGUUAUUUGGUAAUUAUUCAAGGAACAUCUGUUUGUGAUUUACUUUCAUUGUUUAUUCUGUGUGUAAUUGUUUGGUUUCAUGUAUUGAGUUUGAUGUAGAAAUGUAGUGUAUGCAAUAUUGCAUUUUCCAUAUUGCUAUUAAAGGAAUUAACUGAAAAUGUGAACUAUUCUU